AUGUUUUCUUCGUUAUCUGCACAGUAUCUUCAUGAAUGUGGAUACACAAAACGUGGUAUGAUUGGAUGUACACAACCACGUCGUGUUGCUGCUAUGUCCGUUGCAAAACGUGUAUCCGAAGAAAUGAAUUGUAAACUCGGUGAUGAUGUCGGAUAUGCUAUUCGAUUUGAAGAUUGUACAUCAGAGAAAACUAUUAUUAAAUACAUGACAGAUGGUAUUUUACUACGUGAAAGCUUGACAGAUCCAGAUCUUGAUCAUUAUUCAGCUGUCAUUAUGGAUGAAGCUCAUGAGCGUAGUUUGAAUACCGAUGUUCUUUUUGGUCUUCUACGAGAAGUUGUUUCCCGUCGUCAAGACUUAAAACUAAUUGUCACAUCGGCAACAAUGGAUUCAGAGAAAUUUAGUGAUUUUUUCGGCAAUGUACCCAUUUUUAUCAUACCCGGUCGAACAUUUCCAGUUGAAUCAUUCUUUAGCAAAGCUUGUGUUGAAGAUUAUGUCGAUGCAGCUGUGAAACAAUGUAUUCAAAUACAUUUGGGUGCUGGAGAUGGUGAUAUUCUUGUUUUCAUGCCUGGCCAAGAAGAUAUUGAGGUUACGUGUGAAUUAAUCAAAGAACGCUUGAGCGAUCUUGAAGGUGCCAAACCAUUAAGUAUUUUACCAAUUUAUUCUCAAUUACCCAGUGAUUUACAAGCAAAAAUUUUUCAAAAAGCCGAUGAUGGCAUUCGAAAAUGUGUUGUUGCUACAAAUAUUGCUGAAACAUCAUUAACAGUCGAUGGUAUUAUGUAUGUUGUGGAUUCGGGUUAUUGUAAAUUAAAAGUAUACAAUCCACGUAUUGGUAUGGAUGCUUUACAAAUUUAUCCAGUUAGUCAAGCAAAUGCUAAUCAAAGAAUGGGUCGAGCUGGUCGAACAGGGCCGGGACAAUGUUUCCGUCUCUAUACAGAACGUAAUUUUCGUGAAGAAAUGCUCAAAACAAAUGUACCUGAAAUUCAGCGAACCAAUUUAGCUAACGUUGUUUUGUUACUAAAAUCACUUGGUAUACAAGAUCUUCUUCAAUUUCAUUUCAUGGAUCCACCUCCACAAGAUAACUUAAUGAAUUCUAUGUAUCAAUUAUGGAUAUUAGGUGCAUUAGAUAAUACAGGUUCAUUAACACAAUUAGGUCGACAAAUGGUUGAAUUUCCACUUGAUCCAGCGCUAUCACAAAUGUUGAUAACUUCUGUUGGAAUGAGUUGUAGUAGUGAAAUUCUUAUAAUUGUAUCAAUGUUAUCUGUUCCAUCCAUCUUUUUUCGACCAAAAGGAAAAGAAGAAGAAUCCGAUGCAAAACGAGAAAAAUUUCAAGUCGCCGAAAGUGAUCAUCUAACAUUUCUUCAUGUUUAUAUUCAAUGGAAAAAGAGUGGCUACUCAAAUAAUUGGUGUUCGGAUCAUUUUAUUCACGCUAAAGCUAUGCGAAAAGUUCGUGAAGUUCGUCAACAAUUAAAAGAUAUCAUGGAUUCACAAAAAUUAGAUGUGAAAUCAUGUGGCAAUUGGGAUGUUGUACGAAAAUGUAUUUGUGCUGCGUAUUUUCAUCAAGCAGCUCGACUUAAAGGUAUCGGAGAGUAUGUUAAUUUACGUACAGGUAUGCCAUGCCAUUUACAUCCGACUAGUGCAUUAUUUGGUUGUGGAUUUACACCUGAUUAUAUUGUUUAUCAUGAACUUAUCAUGACAACAAAAGAAUACAUGCAAUGUGUAACAUGUGUUGAUGGUCAUUGGCUCGCUGAACUUGGACCGAUGUUUUUUAGUCUCAAAGACUCACUUAAAACUCGUGGUGAACGUGCGCGAAAAGAAACAUCAGAACGAUCAACGAUGGAAGAAGAAAUGCGUCUUGCACAGGAAAAAUUAAAUAGAAUGAAAGAAGAAGCUAAUGCGGCAGGUUCAACGCCAUCAAUAAGAAAUCGAAUUGUUACACCAUUUAAUCGUAUACAAACAGCAUCGACACCAAAAAGAAAUACACCAUUUCGUAGUGGAAUUUAA